UUUCAAAAGAAUCUCUUUUACUCUAGAAAUCGUUAUUGCAGCUAUGACGACCUUUUGUGUAUAACUAAAUUUUAAUUUUUGAUGCCUAGCAAAUCGAUGAUAUUUUUUAAGUCCAUUUAACUUCAGAUUAAGCAAGAGUGAUUGCAAAGAGAUUACCUCCUGGUUUUAGCAUUAAUUUAAGCAGAUAAUCAAAAAGAGAUGUUAAAGUUUGCUAAUAAAAUAAUAAAAUUUUAGAAAUUUUAAUAGGAUAUUUCAUCAGAUGAAGAAAAUAAAGUCACAAAAAAGACCUAUGUAGCACCUUAUAGACAAGAAAAUACUGACGAAAUGAAAAGAUGUUUAACAUUACUUUAAAAACUAAAAAAACAUUAGUUAGCAGCUCCAUUUUUAAGGAAAUUAGAAAAUGUGAAUUAUCCUUAAGAAUUGGAAUAUGUUGACUUAUAAAUUGUUGAAUAAAAUCUCAAAAACAGUACUUAACCUACCCAAUAAUUAUUUAGAUGAAUAUCUUACUGCCACGUAAUUUUGGGGAGAUAUUAAAAAAAUCUGGUAAAUGUCAUAUGCCAUGAAUAAUAAAGGAACUUAAUUAUAUGCAAUGACCCAAGAAUUAGAAUAACAUUUUAAUGAUUUAUAUAAAGAAUUAGACAAACCUUAUCCAUAAAAAUAAGUUGUUGAAUAACCAUUAAAAUAAGAAAAGUAAAAAAAGCCACCAAUCAUGUAAUAAAACAAUAGUAAUACUAAUCACAAUAAUUAACAUAAUAAGAAACCAUUGUAAAAACUAUAAUAUUAAUAUUAGGAAGCAACCAAGUUUAAUGGAAUAACCUAUGAAUAUGCAAGAAAAAAGAGCUUUAGUAUCAAACAUUAAUAGUUUGCCUCCAGAACAUCUUCGAGGAGUUUGGGAAAUAGUUUCUGAUGGACUUAAGAUAUAAGAACAAAAUGAUGAAUUAGAGUUUGAUAUUGAUACUUUACCUGUUAAGAAAACAAGAUAAUUGGAAAAAUAUGUGAACACAAAACUUGAAUAUUUAAAAAAACAAUAAAAUAAGAAAGUAGCAGAAGAAAGCAAAGCUUAAGAAAAAAAUGAUAGAAUUGUAUAUAUACGUUUAACUAUUUUAGGUUCAUGCAGCAAAUAACACUUUUAGUCAUGCUCCAUAACCAGUUCCUCAAUUAAAAUAAAUUGACACUGGAGACAGUUCAUUUAGCAGUGAUGCUGAAGAAUCUGUUUGAGUAUUUUUUUAUUUUUGUUUUUUGAUUUAUUUCAUGAAGGAUACAAAU